CAGCAGCAGCAGCAGCGGCAGCAGCAGCAGCAGCGACCAAUCACCAUGCCCGUGCAGCCUUCGGAGGAAGCUGUUUAUGGGACUGCAGCGCUAAUUAGGCUCAUGAACUAAGAAAUGUGUCUGCGCGAACCCGGCGAGGACAGCGAUCACAUCCAUGGAUUAGUCUGGAAGUAGCCGAGCACUUUUUCAUUUUUUGGCUUCCACGGCGCUGUCGCUCUUUUCCCCACAACUUAUUUCACUGCGCAGAAACUUUCCCUAUUUUCUUGGGUGUGGAGUAUUCUUAAAGCCAGAGCGCCUCGACGACUUCAACUGAAACUGGGGAACCUGGACUAUCAGACAAUGUUUCAACCAACACCCAAGAGGUGUUUCACUAUAGAGUCUUUGGUGGCGAAGGAUAAUCCAGUACCGGUGUCCCGCUCCGAGGAACCGAUCAGGCCAGCGGCUCUGAGCUAUGCAAACUCCGGACAGAUGCAUCCUUUCCUGAACGGCUUUCACUCCGGCGGCAGGAGCGUCUAUUCUAACCCGGACUUGGUGUUUGCCGAGGCGGUCUCUCAUCAGCCGAACCCCGUGCAUUCCGUGGCCCCGCCGCACGCUUUGGCCGCUCACCCGCUCUCCUCCUCACACAGUCCGCACCCUCUUUUCGCCAGCCAGCAAAGGGACCCGUCAACUUUCUACCCCUGGUUAUUACACAGAUAUAGAUACUUGGGCCACAGGUUUCAAGGAAAUGAAACGAGUCCAGAGAGCUUCCUUUUGCACAACGCGCUGGCCAGAAAGCCCAAAAGAAUCCGGACAGCGUUUUCUCCCUCACAACUCCUACGGCUCGAACACGCGUUCGAGAAAAACCAUUAUGUGGUGGGAGCAGAGAGGAAGCAGCUCGCACACAGCCUUAGCCUCACAGAAACUCAGGUAAAAGUCUGGUUUCAGAACCGGAGGACGAAGUUCAAGCGACAGAAGUUGGAGGAGGAGGGCUCGGAGUCUCAGCAGAAGAAGAAAGGAUCGCAUCACAUAAACCGGUGGAGACUUGCGACCAAACAGGCGAGUCCAGAGGAGAUCGAUGUCACUUCGGACGAUUAAAAAACAAAACAAACAAGACUAUAUUAUGUGAUCGUCUGUGUGAAGGAGGACAUGGAUAAAGGAUGCCGUGUAGAGACAAUGAGAGAGAGGGUAAACAAAAAAAAGCCAAUGUCACAUUUCACAUCUCCGGAGAUCGGCAGCUGAGGGUGAGAGAAUCUGACUGGUGGCACUGAUGUCACCAGUGGGUCUGUCAGUCCAAAUGACCCGGGGAAAUGUGACUGACAGUGUCUCAGUGCACCCACCUGCACCCUUCCACCACUACAACCCCCAUCUACCACCUCCAAAUACUUUCUUCUCCAAUUCAUAUUGGACGUUUGCACUUCAGAAGUUUCUUUAAAAAAAAAAAAAAAAAUCAAAAACCGUUUCCACUCAAGAUACCAAAACACCAAAAUUGCUUUUGUAAAACUUGAAAUGCAUGGUACAGUUUUUUUUUCUCCUGGUAGUUGUUCUAAUUUUUAAUUUGACAAGUUUUCUCAAACCAAGAAGAAAAAAAGUGUUUUUAACUCUAUUUUCAAACAGAGAUGUCGUGCUUCUUCCUUUUUACAAAGUGUGCAGUCUUUCAUUAAUGAUUCUCGUGUAAAAGUGAUUGUGAAAAAAAUGAAGUAGCGGUGCUGCGUUAUAGUGUUUGUUUUUUUAGGAAAAGAGAACAAAAACUCAAUUUCGAUUUAAAAAAAUCUUUUUAAAAAGGUGAAUCAGACCACAGAUAAAGUACUUAAAGGGAGGCUAUCAGCACAUUCCUUUGACCUAAAGCUUUACCAAUGUGUCGCUGCAGUGGCCCCACGCCACGCAGCUUCUGUCAGGACUCGACCCUCCAGUGAAAGUUGCCACGAAGGACUAAAUGCAAGAAUUGAGAGGAGAAAAAAAAGAAAAGAGAAAAAAAACUUCAAGCACUGAGCGUAUUCCAUGUACAGAAAUGCUAAAAUUUAAUGUUUCUGUUAAACCCUCUUUUACAGAAUGUAAAUAAUUUUUGUGUUUGUGUUAAGUUUGCUACAAUUUUAACACAAAGUAUACUUCCAAGAAGUAUGUAAUUGUCAAUAUUUUGUCAAUAAAGUUUUAUCAAUA